AUUUGAGUAGAUAUAUUGAAGAGAAAAAGAUAUUAAAGCUAAGAAAUGAAUUCAAAAGCACAAAAAACUUUGGAACAUGAUAUAUUGGUUAAUUUAACACCAGAAGAAAAUGAGGCUUAUGAAAAACUUUUUUCAGAAGCAGAUCCGGAUAAUAUUGGAGUUCUUUUAGGGGAGAAUUCAAUUAAUUUUUUUGAAAAAACGGGACUUUCACCUCAAAUUCUGGGAGAAAUAUGGAAAAUUGCAGAUAAUGAGAAUAUGGGGUUUCUUACGCGAAAAAGAUUUGAUAUUGCACUUCGUUUAAUAGGACAUGCCCAAGAAGGGCGCCGACCGAGUAUUGAUUUAAUUAAUUUAAAAUGCCCAUUGCCAAAAUUUAAUACAAAAAAAUCCAUAAAUUGGAAUAUACCAUCUCAGCCUCCUGAAAGAAUACCAUUAAUAACAACAGAAGAAAGAAAUCGUUAUCAUAGUAUGUUUAAAAAUCUUAAAUUAACUAAUGGUUUUAUAAAAGGUUCGCAAGCAAAAUCAAUAUUCUUACGAACACAUUUGUCAAAUGAAAUAUUAGGUCAAAUAUGGAACUUAGUUGAUAUUCAUCAUCGAGGCGCUUUAAAUAUUACAGAAUUCACAGUUGCUAUGCAUUUAAUUCAUUCAUUUAUAAAUGGUUCAUUAAAAAAAAUACCAUCUAUUUUACCUCUUUGGGUUUUUAAUAUGGCUAUUGGAAAAACAUAUAGUCAUGAAUCUUCUCAUAAGGCAACUCCUGAAUAUUCAGGUGCAAAAAGUAUUAGUAAUCUAAGUGAAAAGGAUUUUUCUAAUAAUUUAUCACACAAACAUUAUAAACAUCAACAUGUACACAGUCAACCCAAUCUUUUUUUUGAGAUUGAUGCAAUUCCAUCGAAUGAUUGGAAUAUAAAACCACAAGAAAGAUUUCAAUAUAGUAAUCUUUUUAAAUCGAUUAAUAAAGCUAAUGAAGAUUAUUUAACUGGAGAUGAAGCGGUGUCCUUUUUUCUAUCAUCAAAGUUACCUGAAAAGACUUUAGCACAUAUAUGGGAUUUAGCAGACCUAGAUAAAAGCGGGAAACUUAAUAAAGAAGAAUUUAUCAUAGCAAUGCAUCUUAUACGACAAAAAUUAGCAGGUGUGGGCCUUCCAGCGUCUCUACCGCAAGAAUUAAUGCCACCUUUUUUACAAAAAAAUCCUUCGCAAGAGAAUACGUAUUUCUUAUCAUCAUCUAAUCAGGAACCAUCUGGCUCUAUAGCAACUGAAUCAUUCGAUAUAAAUAAUUCUUUUUCUUCACAAGUUCAAACUACAUCACCAUCUCUUCCAUCAUCAGUUUUUUCAAUUAAACAAAUUCCUACUGAUCCGUAUGCCGAAGCUUCAACUAUAAUGCCAUCUCCAGAUUCUGUGUUUUCACCAUCAUGUUCUCAUCCACAAACACCAUCUGUUCAUCCAUCUCAAAGAACACCUUUUAUUUCUACAACUACUUUUAAACAAUCUAUCGCAUCAUCUGUUACUCCAAAUACUAAGGCUUCUCUUCAAAAACCAUCUAAUACAGUAGUGGAUUUGUUAAGUGAUACGAGUAUUGAUAAUCCUGAAAAAAAUGAUAAUAAUACUAAUGAAAUGGAUAAUACUUCUAGUAAAAUUUCUUCUCUUUCUAAACAAAUACAAGAAUUAAAACAAACAGUCACUUUGACAGAAUCUGAGUUAAAAGCCUCUAAUAAUGAGAACUCUGAAAUUGAAGAAAGAUUAUCACAGAUUUAUAUUUUAUAUAAAAAAGAAGUAAAAGCUGUUCAAAAAAUUCAAGAACAUCUUGCGGAAUCUCAUGCAACUACACAAAAACUAAAACAAAAAUAUUCAGUUCUUAAAACAAAAUUAUAUGCUUUGCAAAAUCAAAAACAGGAACAGCUUGAAGAUUUAAAACAUAAUACAGAUGAAAAUAUCAAAUUACAACAUAAAAUAGAAUUAAUGAAUAGUCAAUUGUCUUCUUUAAAAGAAGAGCUAGAACAUAUUGGGAAAGAUUCAUUAGGCCAAAAAAAUAUGAUUAUGAUGGGCAAAAAACAAUUAUCUAUAUUCGAAGAUAAUUAUACGCAAUUGAAAGCCAGUAUUGAUAAAGAUAUAACAAUAGAUGAUACCAAUGAAAAUAAUGACGCUGAUUCUGUUUUAUCUACUAGCAAUCAAUCAUCAAAUCCAUUUCAUCAACUAUCUGAUUCUAAUGAAACAAAACAAAUAUCCCCAUUGUUUAUUCCUUCAUGUGAUAAAAUUGAUAUCAAAGAUCAAUCAAACAUGCAAGACAAUUCUAUUAAAGAUUUAUCAUCAAACAUGAAUUUAGAGAUUCUAAAAAGACAUGAUAGUUUAUCAGAGUCUUUAGAUUCAUCAGUAGUUGUUCAAGCUCCUGAAUCUACUCCUGGAAAAUUAUCUAGAAUAAGUUCUUAUCCUGGGACACCUAUACCGUGGAUUAUGAAUAAAAGCAGUUCUCCGAAAAUUUUAAGUGAAUUAUCUUCAAACUUUGAUUCCGAUAUCUUUCUUAAGGAUCCUUCUACAGAAAAGUUUGAAUUUUAUAAAGAGAAUUCAUAUUACGGCUUAGAAGUUACAAAUGCCUCUAAUAAUUCUAAAAAAAAUUUAGAUAAAUCAUCUGACGAGAAUGAAUUUAAAAAAGGUACAUUUAAUGUAAAUAAUUUAGAUACAGAAUUAUUAUAUCCAUCCAACAAUAAAGAAGAUACUUCAUUGGAUCCACGUUCUGGAUUGGAUGAUAUUUUAUAUAAAGACUGCGAUAUCAGAUAUUCGAGAAUUCAGAAUACAACUUUACCAGAGGAAAAUAUAAGAAGACUUCCUGGGACGUUUCCAAUAGAUUCUGAUACCCGAAUAAUGAACCAAGAAAUUUACUAUACGUUUAAUGAUAAGGAGGAAAGUAUAAAAGAUAAUAAAACUAAGAACAGAACAGAAAAUACAUAUUUUGAUACGCUUUUGUUUCAAAAUACUAAUGAUGUUACAACUAAGAAAAAUAAGGCGGACUUCGAUGAGACAUUUUCAAAUUUUAUUGCUGAAUCAGAUGACUUUUCUAAAAAUGACAACUUUGCAUCAAAGUUUCCACCUAUUGAAGAUUUUCAUAAUUUAUCUGAAUCUAAUGACACUAAUGAUUCUAAUAAUGAUUUAAAUGUUCAAAAUAAGGACACUGUCAUUAAUUUAUCUACAUUCGAUACUGAUUAUAAUGUUUCUUAUAAUACAAAGACAUCCACAACUGAUGAAAAUAAUAUAAUGAUGUCUAAUACUUCACAAUUAUUAAUCAGUAAUUUCGAAAAAACUCAAUCUAAAGAAUCUUUAUCAAAUUUACACAAUUUCGAUUCAAAUAAUACCGAAACUUCAAAUAUUACCUCCCAAUUAGAUAAUACAUCAGGAAAUUGCGAUGAUAAACGACUUUAUAAUCUUAUUACGCCAAAUGAUCCCAAUACUUUCGACUCUGAUUUUUCUACUCAAAAUGUCGAAUUUAAUACUCUUUUCACUCAACCUUUUCAUCAAGAAUCCACACAUGAUUAAGAUGCUAUUAACUACACUAACUGCUUCUUUCUAACUGCUUCUUUC